AGAGCGCCGCUAACGUCUCGCCCAGUAGUGGAACUACAACGACCAGAGUGCCUUGCGGCGUAACCUAGGUAACGAGCGGCCGCAGGCUCGCCAACGGUCAGAGGAGGCUUCCCGGGGUGGCGUGGCACAGUGAGCGGCACGUCUGGUUUCCCACUGAACAUCCUGUGACUGUUGGUUCAUGGCCCAUCCAUCAGCCCCGCCAAGCUACUCUGAGGCAAUGGCAGGCAAUCAUCCCCGGUCCCCGGGUCACCAGCCAGUCUACGCUGCCCCACAGUCGGUGUACGUAGGCUCGCAGCCUUAUCCCAUGCAGCCGCCAUACGUGAUCCAGCAGCCUUACUCCAUGCAGCAGCCUUACCCUGGCCAGCAGCCCAGGGUCCAGUCAGGAGCAGUACAUCCCAACUGGGCCUUUGAACAGCCUGGCUCCCACCCUGGAUUCAGUCCUGGAUAUACGUCUGCCUCAUUCCCUCCUUCCACUCAGCCCAGCAACCUCGGGAGCAUUGACGCGUUUACCACAGAGGCCUGGAGCAACCAAAUGAUAAGGCACAUGUUUAUCCGGAAGGUUUAUGCCAUUUUGAUGGUUCAGUUGCUGACGACCUUUGGACUCGUGGCUGUAUUUAUGUUCUGUGAACCAGUCAGGCGAUAUGCUCGUAAGAACGCAAUCUUGUACUACACCUCAUUUGUGGUCUUCAUCAUCACCUACCUCAUCCUCGCCUGUUGUUCAGGAGUCAGGAGGCGGUAUCCUUGGAACGCAAUUCUUCUGGCAGUGUUUACUCUGGCUUUGUCAUACUUGGCAGGGAUGCUCACUAUCGUCCACAACACAAAGACGGUGCUACUGUGCAUUGGGAUAACGGCCUUGGUGUGUCUAGCAGUCACCAUCUUCUCCUUCCAAACAAAGAUUGACUUCACCUCGUGCAGGGGGCUGAUGUUCGGGCUGGUAAUGGCCUUACUACUCACCGGCCUGGUCAUGGUCUUCACCGUCCCCUUUGGAUACCUGCCAUGGUUACAGAUCGUAUAUGCAGGACUUGGAACCAUCGUCUUCACUGUGUUCCUGGCUUACGACACACAGCUGCUGGUGGGCAACAAGCGCUACUCGCUGAGCCCCGAAGAGCACAUCUUCGCCGCGCUUUGCCUCUACGUCGACGUCGUCUUCAUCUUCUUCUUUAUGCUCCAACUCUUCGGAGGCCGCGAGUGAGCAGCCGGCGGACGCUCGGCCCUUUCCCACUCGCCUAACCCUCCGCCGGAGAAACCAACACGGCUCGAUCCCCGCUUCCAGCACCAGUCACCGCUCCAUGAACCUCACUCCCGGGACCCGCUCCUUCCUCGCUCUCUGCUCAACUUGCUCCCACUUCUGCUGACUUUCCCCGCAUCACAUCUUUCUUUCCGGUUCUACAGACACCGCCCCAGGUCACCUCAGCUCAAAUCCUCCCAGGCUCCGUUCGGCGAGGAUUGGGGCAGCGAUUAUCUGCCGAGCCAGAACUUUAUUCCAGCCAAAGAUCUUUGAUUCCACCCGUCUUCCUUACCACCAAGUCUAAGAUCAUUAUUACCGAUCCUCCCAACCAACAGAGCAGGCGGCGACUCUCCUCCCCGAUCAGUAUACACUUUGAUAUACUGUAGAUGUGGGCAAAUGUUGGAGCGAACUCCUCUCCUAUUCCCGGAACAAAGGCGGCUCCGCCUCACCGCCUGCUCCCCUGCAGCCCCACCUGUCCUGGGGCCACGCUGCCGCCGCACCCACAUCAACACAUCUCAGCUGUAAACAUUUUCCAAUUCUCUCUAUGGAGGCGACGGUAUUUUCCGUGACCUCUGUGCCCCGUUCAAUUAAAGUAUUGUUACAACUUUUCAAUGGUUUUCGGUCGUGGAAUCGGAGAACGUUAAAGUAUUUGAAUCGACCAGAGCAUCCUCCUUAAUUGGACAAUUAUUUGGAGACAAGAAACUGCA